AUGGGUUCAGUCACUUCGGAGUCGGUUCGCAUGCAGAGGAGGGAUUCGUCGGAUCGGUGCUCCAGCACAAGGAGGCCAAGACUUCUUAGGGCCACCGCGACGGAGCCUUCCAUCACAACCUCGAACGCCAGCCCCAAUGCUCUCGCGACUCAAUCUGGCCGGCGGGCGACGGAACUGUUGAGCCGGGUGGCCUUUGUCUCCGGCUCACCACCGGAAACGGUCCUCAGAUCACCGGCCAUAAUGUCCACGCCUUCAUCCAUGUACGAGAACAUGGACCGUCACGGCUCGCUGUCAUCCUCGCCCGAUAGCAGCCCGGAUGCCUUUGAUGAAUUGCAUCCCCAUCCAUUCUCUGGACGUUAUUUCAGCUUCCCCAGCUUCGACCUGUACGAAGCGAACCAGCAAGACGACGAGAAGUCGGAGACCAAGUCGCCUUGA